AUGAGCUUAACUUCAGACCUCACCAUCGACCCGUCCAAGUUCGACCGCAAACUAGCCGACGAACAGACCAAACAAUUCAACGAGAAGCUGAUCAAAAUAUGGGCUGACGGGCCACGGUGGUACGAGGUCGGCGCAGCAGAAUACCGCAAGCUAAGAUGGGAAGGCAAAACUCCCCUCCCGAAACCCGUAGUGCUCCCUGAAGGCAUCAACGGCACCAUCCCGUCGCGCGACACUGACCGAGAGAUCCCGUACCGCGUGUUCAAACCUGCGAGUGGAGUGAGCAAGGGCAUCCACCUACACAUCCAUGGCGGCGGAUGGGUCCUCCAGUCCGAGCACUACCAAGACACAUACCUAAAGUACAUGGCCGACCACUUCGAGCUCACCGUCUUCUCCGUUGGGUAUCGCCUCGCGCCCGAAGACCCCUGGCCCGCUGGCGUGGAAGACUGCUACGACACAGCAGACUGGCUGAUAAAGAACGGCCAGAAGGCGUUCGGCGGGGCCCUCAUGUUCACAGGCGGCGAAUCCGCAGGCGCCCACCUCGCCUGCCUCGUAGCCUUCCACCUACUCACCCACCAGCCCGCCUUCGCGUUCCGCGGCCUCCUCCUCCACUUCGGCUGCUUCGACCUGUCGUCCUUCCUCCCGCACGUCGCGAACCACGAAACUCACCUCGUCAUCGACCACGACGUCAUGUCAAAGUACAUCGCUGCUCUCCUCCCGGACACUACGCCAGAGCAGCGCCGCGACCCUUCUAUCUCGCCUUUCUUCGCGGAUAUCAGGGGCUGGAAGCUGCCGCCUGCGCUGUUCACGUGUGGGAGUGAGGACCCGCUGAUUGAUGAUACGGUGUUUAUGGGUGCGAAGUGGGGGAUGUGGGGUGGGGAGGCGGUUGUUAAGGUGUAUAAUGGCGCGCCGCAUGGGUUUAUUGGGAAUCCACCGGGGUUGAUCAAGAGUACACAGGAAGGGCUUGAUGAUACAGAAGCAUUUGUUAAGGCAAAGAUGGGGAUUUAG